UUGGCUAAUGCUGGUGCAAAAUAGAUAUUUUUCCUCUUUUUAUACUAUUUUAUUAAUUUUAUUUUACACUAAAUAUCUACGCAAAGUGUAUUAGAAUUAGUAUUUAAUCAGUUAAGUGUAAAAUGGUGGAAUCUGACGAUGCAGCUGAGCUUCUUUUCUUUGACACUUUUUCACAUGAAGUGGACACGGACAUCAAUCUCGACCUUGUGCAAUUCCCAAAACCAGUUUAUAUCACUCAAGUGCGAAUAAUACCUUUGGGAGCACGCGUGCAAGCCGAUUUUCCCGGUGGUGUGCGUCUGGGCGCAACCAAUCCCUCAAAAUUCGAUAUCGACUUUUUUGUGAACGAUUUGGGCAUGCCGGGUGCUUCAACCUUUGAAAAUUUAGGCCACUUGAAGUAUAACCAAAACGAUUGCAUUCACCUAGAAUGUACACAGGAGAAAAUACCAACUGAUGGUUUAGUCUUACGUGGCUGGUACAGCACUAUUACUUUGGCAGUGUAUGGUAUAUUAACGAAUUCGAUGAAUGAACCAAUAGCAAGCCCACCACCGCCACCUUGUGAACCAGCUGGCCCUGAGGAGAUUUGUAAUUUGAGUGGUAGCGGCGAAGCACGUGAGCCAAGUUUACCAGAGGAGACAAGUAAAGACGAGUGGAAAGAGCCAUUACCGAAUGAGGUGCCAACCGUACACAAAGCGAAUCUUAGUGAUUUUGAGCGAGACGAUUUGGAAUAUGGUGGCGUGCGAGGGACCGCCGAGCAUUAUCAGCAUUCAGGAGAUGAACGUGAUCGUGGUAUACGUAAGACAUCGCAUUCUUCGGAGCGUUCACUACCACCGCGCAACCGUACACACUCGGAAAGCAAUGAAAGAGAAUAUGUUCGUUCACGUGGCGAACGCGAUCGGGAGAAAAUAUCUCGUGACUGGUCACGGAGCCCAGAAUACUCGCGUCGUUCGCGUCGAAAACGUUCGGAGCGCUCACGUUCCGACGCCGAGGAGUCGCACAAAUGGCCACCACGUACGCCACCCGCAUCGAUUGACUCUCCAACACGCCCACGUUCUCCCGAUAUUAUGGAGUACUCGGAAGACGACGCACAUUAUAAACUUAAAUCUCGCAGUUAUAUGCGCUCCAACGAAUCCUUGACUAAUUGUGCAGCAGAUACACAAACUUUAGAUGAUGAAGAAACGCCUGGUACGCCGGGUGAACAAUUUGAACCCAUACUCAGUGAUGACGAGAUUAUCGGCGACGAAGAUUCCAAUGCUGCAAUUGAGCAAGGUAUGGGUGAUGAAUUCGAAACUGAACUAGGAGCAGCAGCUGCUGCUGCUGGACCUGCUAUACUCGAAUUCAAUCCCUUCACAAUGCCACUUAAUCGUUAUGAGAGUGAAAUGGAAGCCUUAUAUCAGAAGGAAUUGAACUCGUUAGUUGCCAUUAUGCGUAAAUAUGAGUUUCAAACUAAAUGCACCAGUAUUGAGGUUUUUAAUGACACAACAACCACUAAAGAGGAGCGUGAGAACUUUGUUUAUUUGAGUGAACAGCUUAUUAAUCAGUUGUCUUAUAUAACGCAACAAUUCAAACGCCGCAACUUCGUACUACAACAGUUUUUCAAAAUCGAUCCAAGCCACCUCACAAAAUCAUUUAAUAUUUUGAAAAUCGCUUUAGAAUUCGAAUCUGCUUGUUUGCAAAAACAACCUGCUUUCAAGAUACGUCAUAUAAAAGUAGGUGCACGCCUUACUGAACUUUUGGCAUGUGCACCGCCGUUUUUGGAGCACCUGUUGCGUAAACAGAAUUUCGAUCCUUUCAGCGCACUCUUCAAACUCUACAAAGAAAAUUAUAUGGCCGUUUCAAUUAAGCUUAUGUUGCUCAAGGCCGUCUAUGUAUUACUCGACACCAAAGAGGGCAUACGUUACUUCCUUGUAGGCGGAGAAUUGAACGGCUAUCAGUUGUUAUUGGACACAUUACAGCAGUCGCAUCUCUCACGCAUCAAAUUUGCUUUGCAAGCGAUUAUCAAGAAACUGCACUUGAACGAGGCGCUCGAAUGUGUGCGUGAAAGCUGCAGCAAAUUAUUCGUGCUCACCAAUUAUACUCCGGUUGCAGCAGCCGAACAAUAUUCCGACAUCGAGCAAGCUAUUGAGCAAAUUUUGGAUGCUCUGACAAGCAAUUCGUUGUCCUACCAGCAACCGAAACGUUUUCUACCCGUCUCUAAAAAAUUCGAAAUAGCCAAUGAUCCGGCAGCACAGCGCAGCUUCGCCAACUCACUGCAGUCUUACUUUGUGCAACAUGCAUUAGGCGAAUCUUUGCUUCUACUUUUGGUCAAUGCCGGUGAACUGCCCUCGUCGUUGUUGCUGCGUGUCUUAGAUUUACUGCAAACAUUGUUAGAGACGCAUGUGGGUGUCGAUUAUUUUGUUGAUGAUUGCUUCGAGACUACGCAAUUAUUGGUAGCUGCGCUGUUGGGCAUAGAGGAAGUGCCAGAAGAUGUGACACCCACGGAGGAGGAGGACUAUGAAAUGCAUGUGAAAGUUGCUGACGAACCCACCCACCUCAAACAAGAGCCGGAAAGUGCAGGCAGCAUUGCUAAAAAGUCUGAUGGUGACACCACUACCGCCGCAGUCGUCGAAGCCCAAACAAAAGCUAAAGAAUCAAAAGAUGUAGGAAUGGAGUUGGACAAUUCUGAACCCUCUAAAGAGUCUACGCCAGCGCGCAUUGAGCUCAAUAUACAAACGCUUCGCAAGCCUUUGUUAAAUCGCUUGCAUCAACUCGGCGUAGAGUUGGCCUACAAAGUGCAAACACGAUACCAUUUGGAUGCUAUUAUGCACUUAACACGCGCUGAAAACUACGACGUCAUCAGACUAGCUACACAUUUGCAUGCACUGUACUCACAAACCUGCCAAUCCCCGGGUCGUCAUCUUACCGUUGAAGCAAUAGGAAUGAAUAAUAAUAUGCAGUUCUUUAUGGAUCUCAUACAAAAGGAACAACACUUACAAGCGCAGCGACAACUCUCCUCACCGGGUACCAAAUAUAAGAGUCCUGUGCUUAGUUAUGCUGUUGAUAUGGUGGAUUGUUGCGUGCGACACUGUGAUCAGUUAGAUUAUUUAAUUGAACAUGGCGCUAGCAUACUUGAAUUGGCUAAGAAUCAUGAAACGUUUGAACCCUCAGUAUCAGCAGUGCUGCAAGAGAUGUUUGUUUAUUUAAAGCCCUUGGAAGCCUUAAAUAUAUUCUCUUAUGACAAUAUCACGCCAUUAGUGGAGGUAAUUGCGCGUUCGUUGGAAUACAUUACGACUUUUCCUGGUGAUUUGAUUAUGGGCUUGCGUAUCCUGCGUCACCUAGCUAUCGGUCCCACCUGUAAGGCAUAUCGCAGCUCGAACACGGAGGAACUAAAACAUCGGUUUGUAACGCUGCAAUUCUACUCCGCAGACGGGGUGCAGACAAUUAUACAAAUACUUGAGAAAUUAUGCUCUUAUUUUGAACAACCUGGCUUACACACGCCCGCUUUAAUCACGAUGCAGGGUCUAUAUUGUUGUCAGAUAAUAUUACCAGCACUCCAAGUACUACGCGCUAUGCUUUCAUAUGCAAUACAAUGCCGUGAUGUUGAUUUUAAGGAUUUGACUGCCAUCGAUCACCUAAUGAAAGCAUAUUUUCUGUUGCAUUAUUUCCCUGCUGCCAGUCAGGCUUCGCAUGAAAUAGCACUGGCCAAGCAGGAGAUCAUACAGCUCUUGCUGGCUUAUACCCAGCCCAAUGAACAGGACGAAGAAUCGCUGCACAAGUCAUUGUGGACGCUAAUGAUUAGGGAAAUAUUGAAGAAUAUCGAUGGUCCGGCAACAUUCAUACCAGGUCUGCAUGUGCUCACUGAAUUGCUGCCACUCCCAUUGCCCAUGCCACUGCCCGCCAAUACGCAAUUACCCGACACCCAAACUCAACGUUUGAUUACCGAACGAAAGCUAUGGUCUGCACAUUUGCAUCCGCAAAGCGCACAAAUUGCCAAACUUAUUGAAACAAUUGCACCCUCCACAUAUCCGCCACUGGUGGAUCUCAUGACAAAGGUCUGUCUACAGCUAGCUGACCUGGCUCCAAACAUGACGCUCCUCAUCACAAAAACACUUAGCGAUUUGCUGUGUACAGAGUGGCAGUCUGCUUCUGCCACACCCACCGCACACUUGGCACGCUUAUUGAAUUUUUUCGCGCGUCUGACGCCAUUUGCCGCGUUGAAGAUUUCCGCGAUCUCCAUACUAAACGGCAAACUAUGGGAGCUCUUUCAAUCGGUACUUUGUUAUGCCGGGCCAGCAUCUGAAAUUGUGCAGAACUGCCAAUUGUCCAUACAAAGCAUUUUGAAAAAUUUUAUAGACGCAGGAAUUUCCUUUAUUUCACCGAAAUCAAUAGCAUCGCCCGAGUUAAAUUUGGCCGCAGCACUGCCAGCUAAGGAGCUGUUACCGCGCAUUAUUGAAGCUAUACUAACGAAUCUAUUUCAUAACGAUGCACAUCAGGAAUUGUACGAAUUAGCGUUGAACAACCUUAAUCUUUUAACAGAACUUGACAUUACAUUAUAUCAUUUGACGCAACAGUUGAAGCAAAAACGCACCGAUUUCCAACAAUGGUUCGAAAAAUUCCUAAAAUGUGCUGAAUCAGAUCAGGCACCAAUCACUUCCAUUGAGUUACUCAUUAGUUUCCUACACUCCCUUAUCUACAUUGCUGAAUAUUUGCAGCAACAGCAAACAAUACCCAUACGUACUAUAAAAUGGUCUGACUCGCAGCUAUCUCUCUUGCUGGGCUUUCAAAAGAACACGCAGCCAAAUCUAAUGCAACGUUUGAGCGCCGCACACACAAAAUGCAAGAACAAUACACCCACUCAAAUCAAAGUAGAAGAUGACAUCACUUCCGCCAGUAAACUUCUUUCUGAAAUAACUACGCAGCUGGAGGCUCUCGACGACGUUGUAGUGGCAGAAAGCGAGGAAGACGCCGCGCUUGCUAGCGAACCAGUACUUCCACAAAGCGAGGGCAUUGUUAUGCAGUUUGCUGCACGCCCCAUUUUUAUUGAAUUUGACGUGUCAGCAGGUGAAGAGCAAUUGCACGCACGUUACUGGCUACAAGCGGCCACUCUAGAUUUGGAUGAUGACAAAUACGAGCGCGUAGCUUGCGAUCUAACUGAAUUGGCUGCAGAGUGUUUAUCCCCCGACACGAAUCUGACAUCGGAUUGUAAGCGCGUCCUACAUUUGUCCGCUUCCCCACAAUCGAAUCGUGAGCGCACACCAACAGCACCAUGCUUCCGCACACGACGUGUCGAAGUGGAGCCGAGUACUGGGCGACCAGAGAAGAAAAUCUAUAUUACACCAGUACGUGGUCGUGGUUUUGCUCGUGCGCCACCGUCACGUGGCGAUCUUUUCCGUUCACGUCCGCCGAAUACAUCGCGUCCACCAUCCUUGCAUGUCGAUGACUUUCUUGCUUUGGAGACUUGUGGUGCACAACCCACUGGUCCGACGGGCUACAAUAAAAUACCACCUAUAAUGCGUGGUUCACGUGUAGGACGCAAUCGCGGUACACGCAUAUCGACAGCAGCCGCAUUUCGCAAAUCCAAAGUUAUGCGCACCUCAUCGCCGUCAACAUGGAACGAGUGUGGGUCACCUCAUUAUCGCAGCGCCACUACCGAACCGCACUUUGGUGAUUCACAUUACCCGACCAGUUCACAUUUCAUUGGACGCCCACGUGGCCGUGGUGGUCGACCGCGUCCCUAUCUACGCUAGAAUUUAAGUAAAGGAAAUGAAAACUAUUAUAAGUUAGUUUUUUUUUUUUAAUUAAAAAUAUAAAUGUACAUUUAUACAAAA